CAGUGAUACUGGUUUGGUGACAGGUUUCCGACAUGACUAUUUACCCAACAGGUGACUACAACACAAACGUCCCGGACUCAUCAGAAAAUGACACAUAUUCUCGUCUUAAAACUUUUUAAGUAUGCCAUCGCCGCUGUCGCACUGUCACUGCAGGGCUCGUCUUCGCUGGAGAGAACCUCCAGGGAGCUCCCAGUCUUACCCCCCUCAGACCGGCUCACCAUGCCCCACACGAGGACUCCCUCCUGGGGUGCUGAGCUGCUCUGGAGGCUGGAGGGAGCCAGGCACUACCAGUGUCCACAUGAGUCAGCCACGGUGGACAUGCUGAUGUUCCCUCUGGCGAGCACGGGCGAGAAUUUCGGAGUGGUGCGCACGUUUGUCCCGUUCUCCAACCGGGAGCUGGAGAGAGAGCGCCUCCGAGCCGUGGAGCGACCCAGGGCGACGGUGUCUGUGUGGGUGUACCUGCUGAGUGGGUGUCUCUUGAAGCUGUGUGGCAUCAUCCAUCAUGUUGACAGCAACAACACGUACCAGUCCCCUCUCAUCCAACUCUCCAGCACAGGGAAUAUAGUGGUCCAGGUCCGCUUGGCUCGGGGAGAAGACAAGGCCUUCAGGUCCCACACGGCUCUGCCUCUCAGAACCUGGACUAGACUGGACUUCUACAUCCAAGACUCCAAGGUGACCUUGGAAGUAACAGCCGUGUCCACAGCAGGGGAAAUAGAAAGUCACACACACGUUUAUGAUUUCAACAGUAGCAUACAUUAUAAUGACACCAGCGGAUACUUUGUGAUUGGAGGAAGCAUGUACAUCCCUGGUAUCACAGGCUACUUUGGACCAAUAAAAUACUACCGUAUUGGGACUGACAAGGUGGUUAACCCUCUAUGUCAGACGUCGCUGGCUCUGGACCGCGCACACAGGAAGUACGAGGUCACCAGGGGAUUCACUGCUGCUCUCCUCCACCAUCUGACAGAUCACAUGUUCAUGACGGCUUCCUGCCCCUGUUACUUUGUUGGAUUGUGGAACCGGUUUGGACAGAAGGUGUGUUUACAGAGCUGGGAGUGGGAGACACAGAAGGAAUACAGAGACUUCAUGAGAUUCCUCUCCUCUCAUCACAACAACCUGCUUACAGGGUCCUGGACUAGGAGUCUGGGCAGGAAGCUAUUUGAGCAUGUAGUGACCCAGCUGUCUGCUUGGUGGCGCUCUCACCCAGACACCCCCUCCUCCCUGCUGACUCUCCUCCAGGUGUCCUCGUGCUCAGGACACCACCAGGCCUCGCUUCUCCUGGCCGCCCUGCACCUGUCUGGGCUGGGCGGGGCAGGGGACCCCCUGCAGGCUCAGGUGUUAAGCCUGAUGGGGGCAUCAGGAGACGAGCGUCUGUGUCUCAUGCACCUGGGCUACAAGCACAGCCAGGGCCUGGACGGGUUCCCCAGGGACCUGGGCGUAGCCUGCUCCUACUACACCAACGCCGGGGCUCAGACCGUACUGGACCACGGCAGGGCUUUGGAGACAGAGCAAUACAUCAUCGAGCAUGUGCAUCUGAGCGUCCAGGAAGAGAUUGACAGGCUGACCCACCAAUCAGGAGACUCCUUCCAGUUUCUCCAGUUCAACGCUGAGAGGGGAGAUGUAGAAUCUCAGAAAUUCCUGGCCAAGAUUUUAUUUGGACGAAACGGUGCCACAAAGGACGUAGCGAGCGCCCUGCGAUGGUACAAGACGAGCGCCAUGGAAAUGAAGGACCCCUCGUCCAUGUAUGACUACUCUGUCCUCCUGCUCAAGGGACAAGGAGUGAAAAGGAACAAAACUCUGGGGCUUCAACUGAUGGAGAAAGCCGCUGCCAUGGGCUGUGCUGAAGCGCUGAACGGGCUGGGCUGGUACCACGGGGAGGUGCUGAGGAACCACAGCUCUGCUGCUCUCUACUUCCAGCAGGCCGCACACAACGGGAGUGCCAACGCCAUGCACAACCUGGGCAUCUAUCACCUGAGCGGGCAUCUGCCAGGUAGCCCACAGAGGAACGAGACGGCGGCGUUCCUCCUCUUCCUGAACGCUUCGGCGUUCGGCCACGUGGAGGCAGCGGUCCAAGCGGCGUGGUACCUGUCCACCGGACACCUGCCCGGCGUGUCCAAGGACGAGGAGAAGGCCGUAAUCAUGCUGAAGACGGUGUGUGAGAAGAACGGCUUUCUGGGAUAUGUAGUCCAAGCUGCGCUCCAGGCUUACCUACAGGGCUCCAUGACCGAGGCCCUGGUGAAAUAUGUACUCGCUGCUGAAACUGGUUUGGGCGUAGCUCAAAACAAUGCUGCUUACCUGUGUGAGGGGCUGGGGGAGAACUAUGACUGCCAGUGGAGGUACCACAACUACUCCACCCUGAACCACAACCCCCACCCAUCUGGCCUGCUAAAGAUGGGAGAUUUGUUCUACCAUGGUGGGCCCGGGGUCGUGACCCCUGACGUGGUCCAGGCCAUAUCUCUGUACACCAGGGCCGGCUUGGCAGGCAGCUCCCAGGGGUUUUAUAAUCUGGCCGUGGUGGUGCUGGAGGGUCAUGCUGUUCCAGGCCGGCUCCAGAGGCAGGUGAAUGUGUCUCAGCAGGAUGACCAGGAGGCUGUGGUGGUGAAGCUGCUGCUAAGAUGUGUGCAGGAGGAGGAGGUGCUGCCCUGCGCUCUGCUCCUGCUGGCUCUCCAGAUGGGACGAGCCUGGAGAUCGCUGACUCAGGACCCCAUCCAGCUCUCAUUAGCUUAUGCGUCUGUAGUCUCAGCCCUCAUCGCUCUGAUUGGAGGCCUCAUGCAAGCUGUUCUUGAUCGACUUCCCAGCAACCAGAACACCAGUGACCUCACAAUGGCGGAGAGGGCUGUCAGUCAAACUGCGGCCAAUGGGAACGGGACACAAGAUGACACGGUCAGGAGAGAAGUCGGAAGUUCCGUAAGGGUCCGCCGGGCUGGGAUUCGAAGGAGGCGUGACCAGAGGUUCCAACAGACCAUAGACUGGGCGGUCAGCACAUCAGGGGUUUGUCUGAUCACCCUGGCAACGCUGCUGCUUUACCAGCACCUGUGACAGAGCUGCUGGAUACACAGGAAACACCUCAGACAGGAAGAAAACACCUCAAACAGGAAGUGACCGCCUCAGACAGGAAGGAAACACCUCAAACAGGAAGUGACCGCCUCAGACAGGAAGGAAACACCUCAGACAGGAAGGAAACACCUCAAACAGUAAGUGAACACCUCAGACCUCAGGUGUUUCCAUGUGGUGUGAUAUGGAUGGAUUUUCUGUAACAUAUGUAAUAGAAACUGUUAUUGGUCUUUUGCUAAAUAAAAGGCAAAAUGUAAGAAGAACAAGACAAAUCAACUGAUUUCAUGUUAUGGUCAACAUUCCUAAAAUUAGUAUUAAUGGUCACCUAUACAGUCAUAAGAAGAUUGGUGAUGCGGCCUUUGUCAUUUACGCCCCCAAACUAUGGAACACAUUACCCAUAAAUAUUAGGGAAGCAAACACGCUAGGCAUUUUCAAAAGACAGCUUAAAACCUAUCUUUUUACCAAAGCAUUUAACUAAUUUGAUCUCAGAUGGGUUUCAUUACUUUUAUUAGUUGUAUUAUUAUUUUUAUUGAUUUUUGGAUUCCCGCAAAGAUUGCGGCCUGUGUUUAGUUAAAUUUUAUUUAUAUUAUGAAGUCUCUCAAUGGUAGGCGACACUGUAGGUAGGCUUACUUAAGCUAAGUUCUCUCAAAAUGUUUGUUCAAACAUUAGCAACGCAAUCUUCUCAAAAGAGCGACGCCUGUUUUUCUGCUACAAUAUAACUUCAGAGAAGAGUUAGGCUAGCUCUAGCCUACAACAUUUGGGAAACCACAAAGACUGUGGCUCGAGAUACCGCAAAGACUGUGGCUCGAGAUACCGCAAAGACUGUGGCUCGAGAUACCGCAAAGACUGCGGCUUGUAAUCAAAAGGCUUGAGCAACAUAGGUUCUGGACUGCUUUGCAAAAGGUCUGAGAUUGUUCUGGAUUACCGCAAAGACUGCGGUCUGUGUUCAGAGGGGUUUUAUUACUUCUAAUAUUGUUUUCAUUGAUUUUAUGUAAAGCACUUUGAGCUGCAAUUCUUGUAUGAAACCGGCUAUAUAAAUAAAGUCUUAUUAUUAUUAUUAUA